AUGGGCGCGAGUGAUUCAAAGCUCGUUUUCAAACAGGGCAUCUUUCGAUUGUCCGAAGAGCGGCAUAUCCCAGCCGAUGAUGCCUACUGGACCUCUUUCUGGGAGCUCCCUGAGUCGUCUGAGGAUGUCUUCAGUCUAUUCACUCCUGCCGACAUUCGCCGCACGCGAGAUCGCGCACUUGAGAACUUAGAGACCCUCAUCCUCGCCGUCACCUCUCGCCUAUUCAUACUACGUCAUCACCCAUCCUUUCCCGACCCCGAGCUUGCCCCCGAGCGGGAAGCCCUGAACUGCAUCCGAGUUCUCACACGAAUCUUGCCAUACUUGUACGAGAAAGACACUCUCAGUAGUUGGGAAGAACAAUUCUUCUGGGCUCAUAGACGGAAACGGACGCGUCAUUCGGCUAUCGCGAACGAAAUCCUCUUCGACGAAGCGCAGGAGGUCAAGCAGAAAGCCGAGGGAAAGGAGUUUGAAGAGGUGAAGCCGCUUGCCGAAGAGUUGAUAGACACAUUGGUAGACCUGUUGUUCUUCUCUGACCUGACUCUACCUCGACAACCAAACGGCCGAUCCAAGGUCACAUAUGCGAUAUGGCAAAGCGGCGUCGGGUGCAACACUGCGGUCGCAACGACCAAGGAGUAUGAGAGCAACCGAUCCGAGAUCCUGCGUCUCCUGCUCGCACUAUCCGGCCAGAGCAUGUACAUGACAGCUGGUGUUCUUCCACAGAACGGCGUACGAGCGUUGACUCAUCUGUGCACAUGCUCUGAUAAGCAAGUUGUGCUCUCGAUGCUUUGCUCUCUUCUCAACACGACUUUGAAGUACAACCCGGCAAGUUGGCGCGUCCCUUACAACACUCUUGUCUUCAAGGAUAGUAAGCAGAUGCUUGUAACAUAUUCUCUGCAAUUCCUCCUGGUGCUUCUUCUGUACCCGAUCCCGGAAACUCCAUCCAACUCGUCCCCCAAGAACUUCUUUCGCCAUUUCCUUGGCCGGCUACAUCGACCCCAAGAUUUCCAGUUCAUCGUCGACGGAAUGGGCCGAAUCCUUAACCAACCUCUGCAAGAAAAGACAUCCUAUCUUCCAGGGUCGCAGUCCUCUGGCAACUUUGCGCCCGAGAUCUUGAUGCUGUUCUGGGAGAUCCUCCAGUGCAACAAGAGGUUCCGCUCGUUCAUCGUGGACACGGAACGAGCGCAUGACUUUGUCAUCCUGGCUUUAUUUUAUGCCUUGGAGUAUAAGAAUGAUGCGACCAAGCAGGGAGUUGUGCGCAUGUGCGCAUUCCUCCUUCAAACACUGAGCGUCGAGACCAACUUUGGCAUCAACUUGAACAAAUACUUUGAGGGACAGGAGAGUCUACCCAUGUCCAUCCGUGUCCCCGGGUUCAGGGGCACCUAUGCCGAUUUCCUCAUUCACUCUAUCUACAAUCUGAUCACCACAAGCCAAGGCAAACUCUCAGCGAUCUACCCAGCUCUGUUGGCGGUGAUCAAUAAUAUUGCGCCUUAUCUUGAAGGCCUUAGUGCCAUCAGCAGCUCAAAGUUGAUGCAGCUAUUCACCUCGAUGUCGUCACCGUCCUUUUUGCUUGCCAAUGAGACGAACCAUACCCUCCUUCAUUCUCUCUUGGAGUCGAUCAGCUCAAUUCUUGAGAGCAAGUACCCUAAGAAUCCCGAGUUGGUGUUUGCGAUUCUGAAGAAUAAGAAGCGAGUGGAGGCCCUGCGCACAUUUACAUUGGAGAGCGGCCAGGAGGAGAUUGAAAGGAGAAAUAGAAGAAGAAAGGACUCGGGCAACCAUGUUGACCCGUUCGAUGCCAGUUCGGUCCGGAGUUCAGCUGAGAGUCUGCGAAGCCCAAGCAGCGUUCAGCCGCAUCAUCCAGCUCUGGAAGAAGUUCCAGAGGAUGGCGCAUUCGCGAUCGGAGAUGACGAGGAUGAUAGUGAUGACGAAGACCAUCAACCUACCCCUACGCGAUCGACGUCGAGUGAAACCCAGUCUCAGACAUCGUCAAUUCCCAACGUGGAGGACGCAGUCCCGACUCAAUUACGAGGCAUGUCUGAAAAGGCUCGAGGUAAAAUGCCAGCCGGCGUGCCGAGUUUCUCACGACAAAACAGCACAACCAGCUUGGGCGGACACUCAAUCUCUGGCCAAUCACAGACUGGUGCUUUUGAACCAACAGCCCACUGGAUCGACAGCUGGCUUCCUGAGCUUCCUCUGCACACCAUACUGGCUGUGAUUCAACAAGUGUCUGCCCUUCUACCUCGUCAGGAUUUGGCAAGUGAUGUGCCAGCAUCAGAAACUCUGCGCCGACUUUCAGGCAUUGAAGUUGUCGGCAUUGAGCCCUCACCUCCUCGUGUCCACUCGUUUGAGUGGUCUCAACUGGCUUUGGGCUGGUAUGAGUCCCUCUUGUGGGGUGUCAUCUUUACAAGCGAGAUGCAGGUUUCCAAGGGCACCAUGGGCAUCUGGAACGGUACUGCGAUUAAACUCUUCCGAGUCCAGGAGACCGCUCCAGAAGGCCCUACGUUGACAUCUCCACGGGGCGCUGUCGAUGCAGUGGGUAGCAACAUUGUGUCACGGAUAGGACAGAUAAACCUUCGUGGCCCCCCAGGUGGCCCCCCAGGAAGUGCUCAACCCCCUCACAGGAAUGGCUGA